GGCAAGGAAGUGAAAGAUCGAGAGUUCGGAAUGACACGGGAGGGGGUUUCCGGUGCUACUGGUCAUCAACGAGAAGAGGGAGAUCAGCGGAUGUCGCAGAACCUUGAUUCGCAGUUCUCCUGAUCCUUCACCGACUGUUUUUAGGUUGAACACUUGAGACUAGGCUGCCUGGCUUUCGACCACCAUGGGACGGAUUUGCCAACUAGUAAUGGGACCGGCCGGAUCCGGCAAAUCCACAUACUGCUCUACGAUCAUCACACACGCCCAGACCACCAAACGAACAAUACAUCUGGUCAACCUGGACCCCGCGGCCGACAAAUUUGAGUAUCAGCCAGCUGUGGACAUUCGGGAUCUUAUCAGUGUCGAUGAUGUGCAGGAGGAGUUGGGAUAUGGACCCAAUGGGGCUAUGAUCUACUGUUUGGAGUACUUGAUACAAAAUAUCGACUUCCUGGAAGAAGAGCUAGGGAAUCAGGAAGAUGACUACCUCCUCCUAGAUCUCCCCGGCCAAAUCGAACUCUACACCGCGCACCCCAUCAUCCCCUCCCUCGUGAGCACACUCCACCGCCUCGACUACCGCGUAUGCGGCGUCUACCUCCUCGACUCGACCUUCAUCGACUCCCCGCCCAAAUUCUUCUCCGGCGUCCUCUCCGCCAUGUCCGCCAUGGUCCAGCUCGAAAUCCCGCAUAUCAACGUGCUCUCCAAAGUCGACCUGCUGCCACCACAGGCCAAAAAGUCGCUCGACAAGUACCUCAACCCUGACAGGGAGCUGCUUGUGGGCGAUAUCACCGCCACGACCCGCCCGAAGUUUCACGCAUUGAACGAGGCGCUGGUGCAGCUGAUUGAGGAGUACAACAUGGUCUCGUUCAUUCCGAUGAAUAUUCAGGAUGAGGAUAGUAUUGAGUUGGUGCUGAGUUGUGUUGAUAAUGCGGUGCAGUAUGGGGAGGAUUUGGAACCCAAGGAACCGGUGGAUGAGUGGGAGCAGGAGGAGGAUGGGUCGGAGGAGUAUUAGGCCCUUGGCCUUACGGAUGCCCGUCCCGCUAAUCUAGGGAUGUAGGGUUGUUACCAUAGAAUGUACAUAUUUCGUUAUUA